AUGCCGCGCGACGCCGGAAAGAUGAUGACCGGCGCGACCGUGACCGUGAUCGCGACCGCGACCACCGUCGACGCUCCCGCAGCCCGGAUCGCCGAUACCGCGACCGAGAGCGUGACCGUGGACACCGCCGAGACGAUGACUACUACCGAGGCGGCUCGCGCCGUGAUGGAGGGGGCCCGAAUCGAGACCGACGUCGGUCACGCGACCGCGGACCAGAGCGGCCGCGCUCGCCAGAUCGCCGCGGCCCGCGGGGCGGAGAUGGAAAUCGGGACUAUCGUGCCCGGCGGGAUGAUUCUCGAGACCGGAGGGACCGCCGUGACGGCUCGGCCGAUUCCGCUGCGCGACGCAGCGAUGCCGGACGCCCUCGGCCUCUUAAAGUCGAUGGGCCGGCGGCUAAGGAUAAUGAGGUGCGGGCUGCAGCCAGCUAAGUCUACACCGACCCAGACACAGACAGAGGUAGAUAAAAAGGCUGAGCGCUUGCGAAAGCUGCAGGCGAUGAAGGAGAAACAUGCGCAGAAGGAAGCCAAGGAAGCGGCCGUUACAGCAGGGAGCACCCGGAUGCUUCUGGCUGAGAUGGACCAGAAGGCCAGCGGGGCGUCACCAGGGUCGAAUAGUCCCGCUGCCGCCUCUGCGAGUCCCGCUCCGGCGUCGCCUGCGACCCCAACACCCUAUGCCGGCAAGUUUGACCCGAAAGCGAUUGCGAAGAGUUCCAAGGGAGCCCGAGCCCAGUCUCCCGCACGUCUCGGUGAGGUGAAGCUAGCCAGCCUGGGAGCCAAGCCAGUGCUAGGUGGCGGUGGUGUCAAGCCACCGGGCACAAAGGCUGCCGGGUUGCUCCCGGCAAAUAGGGCGGUUAGUGCGUUUGGGUUCGGCAAAUCUGCUGACAGCCAGAAAUCGUCGGCGAAACGCAAGGUCGACAUGGACGACGAAGAGAUCAUCAAGCGCAAGCUCGUCAAACUUCCCGACUUUGUGCCCGAGAAUGCCGAUAGCACGCCGGAUGCGGAAGGUGAAGGAGACGAGGACGCCGAAGACGACCUGGAUGUCCUCAUGGCCCAGAACGAGGAGGACAUGGCGGCAGCCCACAGGGUUCUCCAGGAGAGGCGAGACGAGCGCAUUCAAAAGGAGGAGAUGGCCAUGGACGUUGACGUUGAUACGGAAGCGGCGCCCAACGGUGGCGCUGUUGCGGCGAACGAGACACCACAGGCCACAGUGAUGGAAGUGGAUGACGAUGUUGACCCGUUGGAUGCGUUCAUGGCCGACCUCGAACAGGUCGGUCCCGUGGCUGGGUUUGGCUCGCGGCCGGCUGUACAAGGGGGCAAAGGCGCGAAGAAGGCGUUUGAGCCGGAGGCUUACUUUAGUGACGACGACUACGGCUACGAAGCGGAGGAUGCCGAUCCAUCGGCCAUCCUCGCGAUCGCAAGCAAGAAGAAGAAGAAAGACAUCCCGACUAUCGACUACAGCAAGCUCGAGCUCAACACCAUUCGCAAGAACUUCUGGGUGGAGCCCCAGGAGCUCAGCCAGAUGACGGACGAAGAAGCGGCCGAGUUGCGCUUGGAGUUGGACGGGAUCAAGGUGUCGGGUAAGAACGUGCCGAAGCCGGUCCAGAAAUGGUCCCAGUGUGGUCUGACGCGACCCAUUCUUGAUGUCAUCGACACCCUCGGGUAUGAGAAGCCGACGUCGAUUCAGAUGCAGGCGCUGCCGGUCAUCAUGUCGGGCCGGGAUGUCAUUGGUGUCGCGAAGACGGGCUCGGGCAAGACGAUGGCGUUUGUGCUGCCCAUGCUUCGCCACAUCAAGGACCAGGACCCCGUGACGGGCGACGACGGCGCCAUUGCCUUGAUCAUGACGCCCACCCGCGAGCUGUGCACACAGAUCUACUCGGACCUCCUCCCCUUUGCCAAGGCGCUCAAGCUCCGCGCGAUCGCGGCGUAUGGCGGAAACGCCAUCAAGGACCAGAUUGCCGAGCUGAAGCGCGGGGCCGAGAUCAUUGUGGCCACGCCGGGCCGUCUGAUUGACCUCCUUGCGGCCAACUCAGGCCGCGUCACCAACUUGAAGCGGGCUACGUACCUCGUGCUCGACGAGGCCGACCGUAUGUUUGACAUGGGGUUCGAGCCGCAGGUGAUGAAGAUCUUCAACAACGUCCGGCCGGACCGGCAGACCAUCUUGUUCUCGGCGACCAUGCCGCGGAUCAUCGACGCGCUCACCAAAAAGGUGCUCCGCGAGCCGGUGGAGAUCACCGUCGGCGGCCGCAGCGUAGUAGCAGCCGAGAUCACGCAGGUGGUCGAGAUCCUAGAUGAGAGCAAGAAGUUUGUGCGCUUGCUCGAGUUGCUAGGCGAGCUGUACGCCGACGACGACGACGUCCGGGCGCUGAUCUUUGUCGAGCGCCAGGAGAAGGCGGACGACCUCCUGCGCGAGGUGCUCCGGCGCGGGUACGGCUGCAUGUCGAUCCACGGCGGCAAGGACCAGGAAGACCGUAACUCGACCAUCUCCGACUUCAAGAAGGGAGUGUGCCCCAUCAUGAUCGCCACGUCGGUCGCCGCGCGCGGGCUCGACGUCAAGCAGCUCAAGCUGGUCGUCAACUACGACGCGCCAAACCAUCUGGAAGACUACGUCCACCGCGCCGGGCGCACGGGUCGCGCGGGCAACACCGGCACAGCCGUCACGUUCGUCACGGAGGAGCAAGAGAACUGCGCGCCCGGAAUUGCCAAGGCACUGGAGCAGAGCGGACAGCCGGUGCCGGAGCAGCUAAACGAGAUGCGCAAGGCGUGGAAGGAAAAAGUCAAAGCCGGCAAAGCCAAAGACGCCAGCGGGUUCGGCGGUAAAGGGCUGGAGCGGCUCGACAAGGAGCGCGAGGCGGCGCGUAUCCGCGAGCGCAAGACGCACAAAGCCGAGGGCGAGGAGGAAGACUACAAGGAAGAGGAGACGGCCGAGGAGGCGGCCAAGAAGGACAAGGCCAAGUCAGCCAUCGAAGCCGCGGCGUCGGCCAUCGUCUCACGCGAGUCGGCUAAGGCAGCGGCUGCCGCCGCCGCUGACGGUAAUAACGGCAGUGGUAGUGCCAAUGCCGGCGAUGUCAAGCCCUCUCCCAGCGGCGGUGCUGCAGCCGGCGAGGGCGGCAGCAGCAGCACCACCACUGCCGGCGCCGCCUCAGCUGUCACAACAAGCGGCAAAGCCGGCGGCGGCGGCGGUGCCCUGGACAAAGCCGCGUCCGCCAUCAGCGAGAUCAACGCGCGUCUGGCACGCGCCGGCCAUCUCCGCCCGGGGCAGCCAAUCGACAACAAAGGCCCCGACGCGGGCGCCUUCCACGCGACGUUGGAGAUCAACGAUUUCCCGCAAAAGGCGCGCUGGGCCGUCACGAACCGGACGAACGUGGCCAAGAUUCUGGAAGCGACGGGCACGUCGAUCACGACAAAGGGGAAUUACUACGCGCCUGGAAAGGAACCGCCGUCUGGGGCGGAUCCGAAGCUGUAUAUCCUCAUUGAGGGUGAUACGGAGCUGGUGGUGGGGAAAGCGCUGUCGGAGUUGACAAGGUUGUUGAGGGAGGGCACGAUUGCGGCGGCGGAUGCGGAAAGUCGGGCGCCGGCGAGUGGGCGGUAUACUAUUACGUGA